AUGGAUCCGAUCGAACCUGCCGGGGACUCCAAUGCCCAUGGGGCAUCUUCUGCAUCGGAAAAUGAGGGUUCGUCAUCGAGACCGACUUUGUCAGUCUUGCAAACCCAGGUGCCACCAAAUCGUGCACGUUCCAACCGCGCUCGACGGCCUAGUAUCCGCUUGCAACGAAUAAGUUCCUCAUCCUCCUUCGAAACGGUCGAUGGGCAACAAUCGGCAUCCAGGGCCCCUACACCGCUGCCUGCACUCUCACGGGAGGUCUCUGUGAGGUCUCCAGUUGCCGAGGAAGAUGAGUCCCCGGUGGCCGGCCGUCGACGCAGUAGCUCUGAACCGCGACCGGGGCGAUGGGCUACUUCGCCGGAUGUUUUGUCGCGGGCGAAUACCCCGAUGCCGAUGUCGACGGUACAUGAAGGCUCUUCUCACCAGGGCCUUGCUGUGCGCAGCCCGCAGCCACAGGAUGGUGAGGAAGCCCCGGAUUAUCUCAGUGCCAAUAACCGCCAGGCUGAAGCUCUCGAUGUGCCUCCCGCUACACUCCAACGGCCUGCCAGUCGAAGCCGGUUACGUCGCACCAGCCAGGCUGCAAUGCGGCCGUUCACCCGGAACCGAGCUUCCACUAUUAGCGGCGGGAACCGGGCUUCCACUAUUAGCGGUGGGAACCGGGCUUCCACCAUUAGUGGUGCUCCCUCCAACGACCCCAUAGAGGAAAGGGCAGAAGGGGAAUACGGGUCUCAUCUUGUGGACGUGUUGGAUGUGAUCGACCCGGAGGUUUCAGCAUUAUCGACUCUGACCAAUGUCCAGAACUCCUUGUUCAUUCCGAACCUGGGAGGCUGGGUCAAUCGAAUGCCUACAUACACAAUAUCACGGGCCCCGAAGGACGCAGAGAAGGACGCAGAGCUGGGCGAGUUGACAGAGGAGGUGACGAAUGAUGAGGCUGACUCGGAACUGUCUGACGAUAACAGGGGGAAGGAUCGACCAACGUUGGAGCAUCUGCGCCCCUUCUCCAGCAUGUCUUCCGUGCUGGUGGGCCCACGAUAUGCAGUUAUGCCAGAAGGACAGGAACUGGAAGGUUGGACCAGCGAGGACUUUGCUGAACUGAACGACCACGUCCGUCACAUGUUGCACUCUCGUCGGUCGAAAUUCAAACGUGCCAUGAAGGGCUUUGGUAAAUAUGUCUCGAAACCCUUGGGUUUUCUUGUGACACUCUAUGCAACUCUAAUCACCCUUUUCGGUCUCGCUUGGGUGCUUUUCUUGAUUGGGUGGAUCAAUGUUCACGGUAAACAAUCUUAUCUGAUCAACAUCAUCGACAACGUCCUGGUUGCUCUGUUCGCUAUCAUGGGUGACGGUCUUGCCCCCUUCCGAGCCGUGGACACAUACCAUAUGAUCUACAUUGCGCACUACACCCACCUUACAUGGAAUAUUCGCAAGAAGCGGAAGCUUCCCGGCCUCAAGGACAAGAAUGACCUUCCAGAGAAACGGCAGAAGGAAGCCGAACUGGAGGAGAAUACCUUGGAGGAUCAAGAGUACUCCGUGCUGAACCCAGAGCAGCAGCUCAAAUUGAUCCAUCACCAGACGAAGUUCGCCAAGUCUCACACCUUCUACAAGCCGCAUGAGACCAUGACGCACUACGCGUUCCCUCUCCGCAUGCUUGUUGCCAUCGUUGUCAUCUUGGAUUUCCAUUCCAUCCUCCAGAUGGCCCUGGGUGCCUGCACAUGGAGUAUGGAGCCACCGAAGUACCGGCCAUUUGCGUUGACGACUGUCAUUCUGUGUUGUUCCAUCACGUGUAACAUCACCGGUGGUGUUUUGAUCAUGAUCGGCGACCACAUGACGCGCAAGAAGGAUAUUGUCGAGCGACUAUUCAGGCAGGAACUGACUGCGGAAGCUAUGAAAAAGAUGAAGAAGCGCAAGGCCAAGGAAGAGCGACUCAGCACGCAGAUUGAGCGCCCAGAACCUUUCCCUGGCACUUAG